CAAAUAUUAAUCAUUGUAUGGCCAUACAGAGUGUUCUAAUUCAGCCUCCACGGAAACCCCGCGUCAAAGUAUUUGUAUUUCAUGAGGAAUGUGCCCCUCAUGUCCCUCCUGCUUUUGUGACCUGCAGACGACAUCGAGCUUUAAAAUACAGCUUGUCAGCUCCAUUCCCACGACCAAAAAAACCUGCGAUUGUCCAAAACAAAAGAAUUUACUCCUGCUGUUCAUAGAUUGCCAAUAUGCCGUUCCCAACCGACGAAAAGCUUAUGACGACGGCGAAGGAUUUGGUAGCACAACUUCAGAGCAUUUUUGGCUCGCAUCCAGGGUUCCGACCAGCCCAUGCCAAGGGCAUUACCACAAAGGGAACGUUCACUCCUUCAGAAGAGGCAAAGAAGCUCUCCACUGCGCCUCACUUCAAUAGCCCCUCCACCCCUGUCUGGGUCCGAUUCUCGAACUCCACCGGGAUUCCCAACAUCCCAGACUUUGACGAAAAUGCUAACCCGCGCGGCUUCGGCAUUCGGUUCCACCUUGGUGACCGUAAGCACACCGACAUCGUCACCCAUUCCACACCAUUCUUCCCUAUGAGAACCGGUGAAGGGUUUCUCUCAUUCCUGCAAAGCCUGGCCGCGGGUACAAUUGGGGACUUUUUAGGCGCCAACCCCAGCGCUCUGGCAUUCGUUCAGGCCCCGAAACCCGCCCCAGUCAGCUAUGGCACAGAAGAAUACUUCGGAGUGAAUGCCUUCAAGCUCAUCGACUCAGCUGGCAAAGCCACCUUCAUCCGCUACCACAUUGUUCCAGAUGCAGGUGUCAAAACCCUUGAUGCCGAGGAAGUGAAGAAAGAGGAUCCCAAUUACCUGUCAAUAGAGCUGGAAAAGCGUCUCGCAGAGGGUCCAAUUGGGUUCAAGAUUGAGGCGCAAGUGGCUGCGGAAGGCGAUGUUACGGAUGAUGCAACCGUUCAUUGGCCUGCGGACCGUCCUGUGGUGACGCUGGGGACUAUCAAGUUAGAUUCCUUAUUGGAGAACAACGAGAAGGAGCAGAAAUAUUUCAUUCUUGAUCCAGUUCCGCGUGUGCAGGGAGUUGAGCCGUCCGAUGAUCCGCUUAUCGAGAUGAGAGCUGGUCUUUACUUGUGGAGUGGGAAGCAAAGACGUGCAGCAUGAUAGCUUCGCAGUCAAGCCUCUGGGUCUGCUUUAUUCAAGGAAGCAAAUUGAUUCAACCUUUGCACCCCC